AAUUAAAUAUAUGCAUGUGUAGGUAAACUGCUUAACUCUAUUCACAAAAAAUGGCAGAUCCAGACUCUCGAGCUUGGUGAUAUCCUGUGUCCCACAUCAGCCUCAUCACAUCACCUAGUAGAAGCACUAUGUUCUAUGCCAAACCUGACUGACCUGAAACUGGAUCUAUUGUAUCUCAAUGGGGAGUUCUGCACAACAUUGAAAGCAAAGGCAUCAUCCAUACAGGUCCAGACUCUCAACCUUUUUCGUCUCAAGAGUUCCACAUCAACCUCAUCACAUCACGUAGGAGAAGCACUGUGUUCUAUGCCAAACCUGACUGACCUGAAACUGGAGCUAAUGGAUCUCAAUGAGGAGUUCUGCUCAACAUUGAAAGCAAAGGCAUCAUCCAUGCAGGUCCAGACUCUCGAGCUUCAUUAUAUCCAGUGUCCCACACAAGCCUCAUCACAUCACCUUGCAGAAGCACUUAAUUCUAUGCCAAACCUGACUGACCUGACACUGCAUGGAAUAGAGCCAAAGGGGGAGUUCUACUCCACAUUGAAAGCAAAAGCAUCAUCCAUACAGGUCCAGACUCUCGAGCUUGAUGGUAUCCUGUGUCCCACACUAGCCUCAUCACAUCACCUUGCAGAAGCAAUGUGUUCCAUGCCAAACCUGACUGACCUGAUACUGGUUGGAAUGGAUCCAAAUGAGGAGUUCUGCUCUACAUUGAAAGCAAAGGCAUCAUCCAUGCAGAUCCAGACUCUCAAGCUUGAGGAUAUCCAGUGUUCCACACCAGCCUCAUCACAUCACCUUGCAGAAGCAAUGUGCUGUAUGCCAAACCUGACUGACCUGAAACUGGAUCUAAUGGAUCUCAACGAGGAGUUCUGCUCAACAUUGAAAGCAAAGGCAUCAUCCAUACAAGGUUGCUUUCCUCAGAUCAGGAAGGGAAACUUCAGGUUCAAUGGAGUUGCUCAAGUUGACUUGAACUUAUUUCUCAAAACCCUCCCAUGUUUGCAAAGCUCGGACUUAGACUGCUCAAGUGACUCGGAUGACUCUACCAACUCAGGCAACUCAAAUGACUCAGACAACUCGACCGACUUUGGCAGCUCAAAUGACUCGUAUUUCUCGGCCAACUCAGGCAACUCAAAUGACUCAGAUGAGAAGGUAGCAGCAGUCGGAGCAGGCCCUGCAAGAGGCAACCUCCUUGUACUGAGUCAAGAGUUCCACAGGAUGAUCCUGAAAUUCCAGAGAAGCAAUCAAAGUAUGAAAUCUGGUUGCUAUGGUAUCGGUAGAAGGACUACAUUUCUGUCGAGUGAGAAGGACAUCUGUUACACCAUGGAUGGAUUCUGCCUUCUCUAUCUGCUCCUGAUCCUCUUGAUGAGAUCUGGUGACGUUGAAACCAAUCCAGGUCCUAACACUGCACAAGCUGGUAUCAUCAGCAAAAAGUGA